AUGGUCGGUGCCUUAACCUAUUUGUGGCACGGCAGUGUCGCGCUGCUAACGUGGACUAUGAAGCUCGUAUCCACAUUCAAUCGCAAUCGCAAUACUAGUUUACCCAGUGUCAUCUCCUCCUCAUCUGCUUUAUCCCGUCAGAAUGUAUGGAACUUUCUCGCUUCAGGUCCACGUCGUGCUCGACAUCAAUCAUAUGUAGCGCUUGAGUUGCUGGAAAAAUUUCGUCAGGGUCCUGCAACUCAAAGCGAGUGGAAUUUGUUAUUAUGGCGUGCAACUUUUCCUCUUGUGUCAUUGGUGUUGCUUACAUUAUUUUGUAUUGUGGGUCAAUUUGGUCAUGCUGCUUACUCGAUUAUUGUGACUCCGGUCUGGUAUUUGUGCAACUUUGUGCUGGUAACUGUUCCAUUUCUAUUGGUAUUUCGAUUCUCACUAUUAGAUGAAGAAGAAGAAGGUCAGACUAAGAUCUGGUAUGGACUUGCACUUGUUAGUGUUGCGAUCAGCUUCGUGGAAUGGUACAUGAGUUUACCAACGAGUCGAUAUUCGUGGAUUGUGGGCAAUACAUUGUUUGGUAUUGUCGCACUUGGAGCUGUGCCACUUUUCUUUAGUAUACAACCAAGGACUGCACGUUCGCAGUAUGAGAAUCUCGUGAUGGAACAAGAACAGGAUCAAAGAACGCACAGAGUUUUGGAAGAAGAGGAGACAUUCAACGCCAUGCAAGAGGUAGAAAGUUCGUUGGAUUCAUCUAUGGAUGAAUAUUCAAGGUUAAAGACGACCACUCUUGUGAGACAGCGACCGGGAGGGGGAAGGAGUGAAAAUGAGACUCUUCGACCGUCAAUGAGCGAACAAGCACAACGACAGGGACAGCCAGUGACCAGAUUGAUCUGUGGCUGUGGCUUCUGCGCGCUAGUGCUAUGGCUCAUCAUGUUCUUGUCGUACAGCUCGGCACGUGGAGGAGAAGCUUCGACGCGAUCGUGGUUCCUGCUAUACUUGCUGUCACCUAUUUUGUGCAUUGUGCUUUUCUGCUCCCGUGUCGGGAAAGUUCGCUUCAGCCUCGAACACGCGGUGGCAUACAGCGCGCUGGUGGUGCAUGUCCCGCUGUUUCUCGGACACCUAUGCGUGCGGCUGUUUGCGCUUGCUGAAGACCUCUCAGCGGCGUCGACGACUAGAAGUGAGUCGUGGCUCAAGCUGGCGAUUUCUGUGCUCUAUCUGCUGCUAAUGCAAGGCUACUUCUUCGUGAUCACUCAUAUGGUAAACAGCAUGUCGGAACCUUUUGAGCACCCAUCGCUGCUGUACGUGGGGCAGCUCUACUACUAUGUUUUCUGGUACAUCCUUGUGGGUUCGGACACACCCAUCGACGCGCUGUACUGGGGCAUGUUGUUCCUCAACAAUAUCCAUAUUGCUUUUCUCAAUACGGGUGUCUACACGGAUUUCAAGCGCACAUCUUCAGUCUGGUUGGCCAUACCUUUGCAUGUCACGUCUUCCGUUGCAUUUUGCCUAUACUCAAAGACCUCAGCAAUGGAUAUUUCAAAGUGUUUGCCGCACAAUAUGUCAUCUAGAACACACGGAAUACUGGGUCUGAAUUGCGGCGUAGCUGGAGCAGCAGCAAUGGAGACGAACGUUGAUCUACUUCAUAUCAGCAGUGAUCACGAUUGCGAAUAUGACAGUGGUUACGGCUCAGACGGCUUUAUCGUGCCACAAAACAUUGACGACAAAGAAAGUGAUAUUGGCGAGUUGCCUUCCUGGCAAGAAACUGGUAGCAGAAAUCGUGAACGAGACCGAAAUGUAAACGGUAGUUGGGCUUUAGACCGUGACAUUCCAUUGCCGGCUCGAAAGGCAAGCAUAUUUAAGACGCCGAUUUUUUGCGUCGAAUGCUUGCGUACACAGAUGAACUGCAGUAAAUGUAUCAGCCGAACAAGCGUGUCCUCUCGGUUUGGUAAUGAUGAUAAGGCUCAUGCAACCAUAGCAACAAGUCCUCCCUUGAGGGCAGCUACCAGUGACGCUCUGAGACCACUUUAUUUUCUCAUGAAGCUUGCAGAACAAGACAAUAUGGCCGAUACCACAGCGCUAAUACUGGUGCCUUCACUUCUGACGCUACUGGCAGUGUUUGAGAAGCCAGAUAAUGCUCUCUCCGUGCUGCAAGACCAGGCGAAUUUGUGGCUGCGCUGUGUGUGCAUGUUUAUUGGCCGACUUGGUGGUGCGUUCCUCGCACGUGAAAUCUUCACCUGUAAAUUGCGGUCGCGGUUGCGCUCGUCACCCGAAGACUUGGGCAAGACUGCACAGCCUGAUGCUAUCAGCGGCUCCAUCGAUGGCAUGCCUGCGCGACUCUGGAUACAGCGUCUUAUGCUGCAGGACUUCCACGCCCAAUUUUGGUAUCUGACCGCCGUGACUAUGGUGGUCACCUUCGGUUGCUUUGCCCGCAUUGACCUGCCAUUGCGCUUUGCACUACUUGCAUGA